CUUCAACCUUCCCAGGCGCAAUUCACAUUACACAAGUAAAACACUCCGCAACGACACCAAACAACACCGACAAUCGAGAAUAAAACGCCAUACAACCACAACCAUGGCAGACGGAGCUGGUAUCGACCGCAAGGCCGAUGAGAAGAUCCAAUUCUCGACCUCGAAGGAGGUCACAGUGCAUCCGACCUUUGAGUCGAUGUCGCUGAAAGAGAGCCUCCUUCGCGGCAUCUACGCUUAUGGGUACGAGUCACCGUCCGCCGUCCAGUCUCGAGCCAUCGUCCAGAUCUGCAAGGGCCGCGACACUAUCGCGCAGGCACAAUCCGGAACGGGUAAAACAGCCACCUUCUCCAUCAGCAUGCUCCAGGUCAUCGAUACCGCCGUGCGGGAGACACAAGCGCUUGUCCUGUCCCCGACCCGCGAACUUGCGACACAGAUUCAGAGCGUCGUCAUGGCCCUAGGCGACUACAUGAACGUUCAGUGCCACGCUUGCAUUGGUGGGACCAACGUGGGCGAGGAUAUCCGCAAGCUCGAUUACGGUCAACACAUCGUAUCUGGAACUCCGGGUCGUGUUGCCGACAUGAUCCGCCGCCGCCACCUACGCACCCGCCACAUCAAGAUGCUCGUGCUCGACGAAGCCGACGAGCUUCUCAACCAGGGCUUCCGAGAGCAGAUCUACGACGUGUACCGCUAUCUCCCGCCUGCCACCCAAGUCGUCGUUGUCUCCGCCACCCUCCCAUACGAUGUCCUCGACAUGACCACCAAGUUCAUGACCGACCCGGUUCGCAUCCUCGUCAAGCGUGACGAGUUGACCCUCGAAGGGCUCAAGCAAUACUUCAUCGCCGUGGAGAAGGAGGACUGGAAGUUCGAUACGCUCUGCGACCUCUACGAUACCCUCACUAUCACCCAGGCGGUCAUCUUCUGCAACACGCGACGCAAGGUCGACUGGCUCACGGACAAGAUGAGAGAGGCCAACUUUACCGUCAGCAGCAUGCACGGUGACAUGCCACAAAAGGAGCGUGACAGCAUUAUGCAGGAUUUCAGGCAGGGCAACAGCAGAGUCCUCAUCUCGACCGACGUCUGGGCCCGCGGUAUUGACGUCCAGCAAGUGAGCUUGGUAAUCAACUACGACUUGCCGAGCAACCGUGAGAAUUACAUCCACCGCAUCGGCCGCUCGGGUAGAUUCGGCCGUAAGGGUGUGGCCAUCAACUUCGUUACUAGCGAGGAUGUGCGCAUUCUUCGAGAUAUUGAGCUGUACUACUCGACCCAGAUUGAUGAGAUGCCCAUGAACGUCGCCGAUCUCAUUUCUUAAUUCUGGACGGAUGGGCCAGUUGAUGUUUUGAGGACAGGGAUAAUGACUCUGCGUCGAUUCCGCUGUAUGUCCGGUACAGCCAACAGGUUGUGGGAGGAAAGGGGCCUGAUGGUUAAAGGUACAAUGGCCUUGGUCUCCAAUCGACCUCGUUUAUUCAUUAUCGUUGGCUAAUAGUAAACCGAUAGGGCAUGUCGAGAUUGUUAGAACCUAACAGGUUCAACUCAGCAUAUUAGGGACAGGACGGGAAGGACCCGCAGUCCGGAAACGGACCUCGAGUACGGUGUCGAGAUGUGACCCCAGGAUUUUGCGCUUCCACUCAGCAAACUAAAGCUACUUGGUUGUUAUCUAGGUAGUUACUACAACUUACAACUGGUCAAAUGAAAGCUUACGGGGACAAUUGGUUAUG